CUGUGACCCGUCUCUCUGUGCAGCAGCUGGGGCAUGGCCGUCAAUGUGUAUUCCACAUCCGUGACCAGCGAGAAUCUGAGUCGUCAUGACAUGCUGGCCUGGGUCAACGACUCCCUGCACCUCAACUACACCAAGAUCGAACAGCUCUGCUCAGGUGCUGCCUACUGCCAGUUCAUGGACAUGCUGUUCCCGGGCUGCGUGCACCUGCGCAAGGUGAAGUUCCAGGCCAAGCUGGAGCACGAAUUCAUCCACAACUUCAAGGUGCUGCAGGCCGCCUUCAAGAAGAUGGGGGUGGACAAGAUCAUCGCGGUGGAGAAGCUGGUGAAAGGGAAGUUCCAGGAUAAUUUUGAGUUUAUUCAGUGGUUUAAGAAAUUCUUCGAUGCCAACUACGACGGGAAGGAAUACAACCCACUGCUGGCGCGGCAAGGGCAGGAGGUGGCACCGUCUCCAAACCCAGGUGAUCAGAACUUCAACAAACCCAAGAAACCCAUUGGCACUGCAGCCCCCCAGAGAACCUCCCCCACAACCCCGAAGACGAUGCCGGUGCCAACCCGAGUGACCAAUGUCAUCCCCAGCAACAUCACCCGGAAAAACCCGCCUGCUGCCCGCAACGGGGGCAGUGAGGCCGACACCCAGAUCCUGGAGCUCAACCAGCAGCUCAUGGACCUGAAGCUGACGGUGGACGGGCUGGAGAAGGAGCGUGAUUUCUACUUCAGCAAACUGCGGGACAUCGAGCUGAUCUGCCAGGAGCACGAGAGCGAGAACAGCCCUGUCAUCGCUGGCAUCAUCGGCAUCCUGUAUGCAACUGAGGAAGGCUUUGCGCCGCCGGAGGAUGACGAGGUGGAGGACCAGCAGCCGGAGGACCAGGACGAAUACUAGCUCCGAGCCCUCCUGCCUCGCGUGACGCCGCCCGGCCGUGCCCGGCCUGCCAUAGACACUGAAGGGAUGCGUGUACAGCCGCGGCCUGCACUAUCACACAUUAUAACAGUUUCAACCAACCAGCCCACCACCCCGGUGCUUUCUGUCCAGCCGCAGAUCCUGGGACCCCACGGACUCCGACAAGGCCUAGAGAGGAGAACCGAAUUGUAAAUACGCAUGGGGCUGCCGGGGGGGCGGGAAGGGCCCUGGCCCCCCUGCCCCCUCACCACCUCACUCCCCUUAUUUAUUUCAGUUGUCACCUUUGGUGUGAGCGCUGCAGCCUUCCCAGGGAGGGCUCCCGUCCCCCAGCCUGGCCCCUGUAUUAUAGUUACAGCCCGAUCCCUUUGUAUAUUGCCCGGGAGGGAGCUGACUUGCACUUUGCCUGUUGUGGUCACGGGCGCCCAGUUGUCGUGGCCUGGGGAGCGUGAGGGCUCCAGGAGCAUCCCGGCCCGCAUGAGGCUAGGCCCUGGCCCGGCCUCGCAGGCGCGGGGGAGGGCGCGUUUAUUUAUUGGUCUCAGUUCACAUGGUCAAAGCCAACAAAGGUGGCUUUCCCAGCGCCCCGCCCCUGCCUGCCAUGCCCAGGGCAGGGGUGGUGUCCACACUCUGCUGGGCUGGCAGGAUCCCAGAGCAGGGGACACCCCCAACACGACUGCGCUGGGGGGAGCAGGAGCCCCCAGGCUCCACUCUGAGCUUCUGGUCCCCGACUGCAGCGCAGGGCACUUGGCCCGCUGCUGGGGGGCGGGACCCGGGCCUGCCCGGAGGCUCAGUGCCCGUCCCUGUGGGUUCCAGCACCACGCCGUUUCGAUGAGAAUGCCACACAGCCGCUGCUGCCUUGCUCGUCUCCCUGUUCGUAUUGCCUGUCUGCCCAGUCGCCUGCUGUGCAUCCUGCAUCUGUGUUACGUUGGAUUUCAAAUAAACUGGUGUGGUAAAUGCG